AUGGCUCCUAUUCGCAAACUCAUCCUCGCUCUGGCUCUGGACUUCCUCCAAGUCCAAGCCCAAUGCCCUUCCCUCCCCUCUUCCCCGUCUCUACAACCCAUCUCAACCCUCCCCGACCCAUUCUCCUGGUAUCCUGCCCAAGAAGGCCGCAUCUCCAGUACAGACGACUGGGCCUGCCGGCGCGCACACAUCACCACACUCCUGCAACAGCUCGAGCUCGGCGAGAAACCACCCACCCCGUCGUCAAUCACUGCAACUCCAUCCAGCACCACCCUCUCAAUCACAGCAUCCUCGUCCGGAAAGAGCAUCUCCUUCGACGUCGACAUAUCGUACCCGACAUCAGGAACCGGUACCGGCAACGGAUCAUACCCAGCCAUAAUCGCCUACGGCGGCCUUAGUCUCCCUCUCCCCGAAGGCAUCGCAACAAUCACCUUCCCCAACGACCUAAUCGCCGAACAAACCGACACCUCAAGUCGUGGAAAAGGCCUAUUCUACGACCUCUAUGGGGCAGACCAUUCGGCAUCUGCCAUGACCGCCUGGGCCUGGGGUGUAUCCGUCCUUAUUGACGCUUUGGAGCAGUCUGGCUCUAACUCUACUAACAUCGACACCACCAGACUAGCAGUCACGGGCUGUUCACGCAACGGCAAAGGCGCGCUAGUCGCAGGUGCAUUCGACGACCGGAUCGCCCUGACGAUUCCCCAGGAAUCAGGCACGGGCGGGUCAGGAUGUUGGCGGCUGGCGGACGCCGAAGAUGCAGAGUCCGGGGCUGGGUCUGUGCAGACAGCAAGCCAGAUCGUUACGGAGAAUGUAUGGUUCUCGACCUCGUUCGAGGUGUAUGUUGACGAUGUGGAUUCCCUGCCGUUUGACCACCAUAUGCUGGCUGGAUUGAUUGCCCCGCGGGCACUGCUCUCGCUUGAUAAUGUGGGUUAUGAGUGGUUGGGGCCUUGGUCGUCGCUGGGGUGUAUGCAGGCUGCGAGGGGGGUUUGGGAGGCGCUGGGCGUGCAGGAUCGGAUGGGGUAUUCGUUGGCGAGUGACCAUGGCCAUUGCCAGUUUCCGGAGGAGCAGAGUGGUGAUUUGGAUGUGUUUCUUCGCAGGUUUUUGCUAGGUGAGGAGGGGGUUGAUACGGAUGUUGAGAAGGAUUAUCCCAACUUGGGGUUUGACCGUGAUGCCUGGAUCGAUUGGGACGUGCCAGUUUUGUAG